AUGUUCUCCAACGCCGUUCUCUCCGCUACCACCGCCUUCUUGGCCUGUUCCUCAUUUGCGGCUGCAGCUCCGCAGGGCAAGACCUCCGAGGUCAGCUUGACUACCAAGCUGCGACUCGCCGAUACCUUCAUCGAUCGCUAUAGUCUCCUCCCCGACGACAACGACUUCCUCUUCAGCUUCAAUAGCACUCCCAGUGCUAUGGCUAACAGCCAGACUUUCCCUGCUCUCACAGGCUCUGGCGUCAGUCUGGCUUCCGCUCAAAUUCCAGGCUGCUCUAUGAUCAUGCUUCACACUCACCCCCGAGCUUCCGAGCUCUUUGCCGUCAUGUCCGGCCGCGUCUACACCGAAGCCGUUCCCGAAGCCGGUGUCCUCGACGCUGAAGGAAAGCCUCGCGUCAUCCGUAACGAAAUCAGCGCUGGCCAAGCUACCAUCUUCUACCAGGGAACUAAGCACUACCAGGUCAACCCUGACUGCGAGCCCGCCAACGCCAUUGCUGCUUUCGCCUCUGAGGAUGGCGGUUUUGCUGGUGUUGCACCUGGACUGUUCUCUAUCAAGGAAGAUGCUGUUAUUCGUCUCUUGGGAGAGGCUGUUGAUGGUGAGGAUAUUGAGAAGAUCAGGGCUUCUAUUCCUACUGUCGUUGGUAUCAAGGUUGAUGAGUGUCUCGCUAAGUGUGGUAAGCAGAAGCGUCAGGCUUAA